GAGAGUUCACUUUCUGUCGGGACAAGCAGUCUCCUCAGUCCUGAUAACUCAACCACCACCACCACCACCAGCAGCAGCAGUAGUAGUAGUGGCAGCAGCAGCCGAAGUGAGAGCGAAAAUGCUCUGAGUCUGAGCAGAGCCAGCCUCACCAGCAGCUCGAGUAGCACCAGCAGUAGUUGUACAGGUAGCAGCGUCGACGUGAACGUAUCUGCCUACCGGCUGGCGACAAAGGCAGACCUAACCGAGGGAUCGGCUGUUGACCGGUCUCGCAGGUGUCGUCAUGAACAGAAUGCGGGCUCGGAGAGCGGCAGCAACUCAAGCCUGGACGCCAGUUGCAUGGAUUCGUCGGCUGGCAUGAAACGAAGUGUCGAAGCCAAGUCUGACUUACUCCCGACCUGCGGGCUCGAGGUGUCGGAACAGGAGGCUGUCGUCAGUCUUGCAAGGCCAGUCCACAUAAGACGCUACUCCCGAGGCCGCCAGCACCGACAGCGCAGACGUGUCGUCACGGCAACAGAGCCGGGGUAUCCGGCGCUGACUGGGAAACUUGAGUCCGGCCUGCCUGGGGGGGAGGCGGACGCGCUGUCCUCCUCGAACAGCUCGUCCGAGGAUAGUAAAGACGAUCUGCACGACUGGAAACAGGUGAAGAAACGAAUGAGUCAGGCUUCCGUGAGCGGCAACCAAGCCGGCCCGCCGGAUUCGUCGGGGCCUGGUCUGUCGAGUGCGGCUGGAGGGCCAUUUUGGCAGACUCGAUCCAUGCAGCUUCCUCCAAUGGCUUGGAUACACCAGGACUCGGCCCAGGCCCAGGACCCUCUUCUGCUGCAUGUGCCCGCUGUUCUGCCCAGCCUCCGUCUCGUCCCCGGGGCGCCGCACCUUCUCGACCAGUACCCCUACAGUUGCCGGCUGACGCGCAAGCCUGACGACCAUUCGGUCUCCUCCGGUCCGUCGAGUCAGUACCAAUUCAGUCGGCGUGGCAACAAACUCUGCCACGAGAUGGUCAGACAGCCUUUGUGUCUGCAGUCGUCACCCGCCGUCUGGACGACUGACCUCGGUACCACAGCCACCAUGGCGGAGAGUGUGGCCCGACUACAGCCACACCAGGCCGGCGCCAAGGUGCCCGGCAGCAGCGCUGUUAUUGCCCUGGUUACCAGAGACUUUGUGCCCUCUCUGGACUGGCGUGAGCGUUACCAUGUUCUCGGGGUGCGCCGUGGCGACCACGUCUGUGUGCUCAGUCAACCGCAGCCGGCGUCGCCGGCGCCAUGCAGUCGUCGUCCGGCCUCCGGAGGGGAAGACACUCGGCUGGGGUUGGAGGGUGAGUCGACGUGUUUAGGGACGAUGCAGACAGGGUGUGAGAAGAUGAUUGGCCAGAGCUGGUUGUUCGUCAGGCGGUGGUGCCUCGAUCACUUGGUCGCCACAGGACCGGCGGGAUUCGUGCCAAGUCAGAUCUGUCGAAUAAUGCCACAAGCCGAAGUCAGUCUGCUGCUACAGCGUGGCGUCGGUUUUCGAUCCGUGAACCUGGCAACAGCCUCGAGCAGACCGUAUCCACGAGAGACGGAGAAAGUGGGCGAAAACUAUCGCGACAGUCUGGCGAGCAGCAACAACUCGAACACAAGCAGCGAGAAACAGGCGACCAGUCAGGCGGGCUCAGAGUUCUCUGAUCCGUCGUCCAGUGCCUUCAACAGCACAAAACACUCACUCGCCGCAGUACAGGAACCGGCUCCUCUCUGUCUUUCGGGGGUACAUAUGCCGCCGUCCAUGCUGCAGAUGGUCCCAGUCCCCGGAGGAUCUGGUGAUGCCGGGGACGAGGUGAAGUCCGAGCAAAAUUCUGGAAAGAUUUUCUGCAGAAACCUCGUCUGCUCAACAAACGUAAGGACUUCGCCUUCUUCACCAGAACUUGGAGCCCCCACUUCCGCCGGCCUCACUUCACACCCGAGCACUUCCAAUGUUGCCCAGGUGACAGAAUGCGCUCAGACCGACCAAGACAACCUCGGCACUCCGUCGAAUAUAUCCGGAGUCCUUGAGGCUUCGUUGCUCGGUGGGCUCUCCAGCCUAAUCCAAAACCCUCUCACCUUGGCGCCGACAGUCUCCGGCCGAACGCCGGGCUCAGCACUUCCAGUGGGGACAGCGACCAGUCUUCCGGCUCAAAUGGCCUUCAGCUCAGGUGGCUCGCUUGGCUCGGAAGCUGAGGACAGGGACUCGGGCCGAGGGCCUAGUUCCGGCUCAGAAUGGGGCUCCGGCAGAGGAGGCAGUCUGACAGGAGCACUCGAUCUGCAGAUGGACGAAAAACUCGUCAUCUCGUCGACCAGCCGCAGCUACCAGCCACAAGUACAGCCACAGAUUCUGCAACCAGCUGAACAAAUCAAGUCUGUACUACUACCUCCGGUGCCAUUACAAUCAUCAGCUUACAUGACUCAUUUGCCGAUAAAUCGACGUAUAUACCAUCCAGUGGAGGAGAUCACCAAUGCAUCCGGUUGCCCAAGUGACUGCUCUAUACUGAGACCCGACUCCUCGGUCUAUUAUCCACCCUCGGGUCACCAUUUGCUUCGCGAGACUUUUGCAGGUCCUAUUUCCUCCCAGUGCCCCGUUACUGCGGCAACUUUAUCCCCAACGAUUCCACCACAAACAGGGUCCAUUCGCUUAUCCUCAACGCCACCUGCUCCACCCACGGGACCCCAUCUCUUCUCAUUGCCCCCGCUUCCGUUGUGUGCAGGUUCCUUUCCUCAUGAAAGCCUCGAGAGUCCAAGCUCUUCACUUCCUGGUGGUGUAGCCAGAUUCCAAACCAUAACUGGGGAAAGUGAAAGCACGCCUAGAUCCCAGUUGGAACAGCAUCACGUUUUGAGUAGCAGAAGAAUGAGGAGUCCGAUUCUCAACUUCUCCAGCGGUAAAACCUCAUCAACUGGGGUAACUUCGAUAUCAUCGGACCUCUCAACUGCAUCAUUAGACAUUGAGCCUCCGCAAACUACAGAAGUUCAAUAUCCGUCCAUCGCUCAAGCCACUUUGCUUGGCAGUCUUUAC